AUGGAUAGAGACAUCUUAAUGUUGUAUGGCCGACCAUCUAUGAUUGAUCCACAAGCUGCUGCUGCUAUCCCAGUCCCCUUGAUUGUGGAGGAAGAUGACUAUCAGCCAAGACACAAUGAAGAGGACACCAUUGGAAGGCCUCAAGCUUCUAUCGCUGAUUUUUAUAAGUCUUAUAUAGAACUUUACAAUAUUUUAAAUGGCAUUACACUUCCGAGAAUGUCUCGUCUCCUGGAACGAACAUUUCCAUUCCUCAAUCUACAGGAAAAGCUUUCAACUUGGGAACAAAACAUUCCUGAUCACCUCAGAAUUGAGCAGCAUCUCACAUACAACGAUCUAAACGCUGUAUCGACCCGUCGAGCAGUAGUUCUUCACCAAAGAUAUCUCCACGUCCAAUCAUUAUUGUUGACGCCUAUUCUUCAACAACUCAUUGGCGCCGAGUUUCAAAAGAAAGCAGAACGUAUCCGUCUUGGAAGUUUACUCUCUCGUCGAAUCACCCUACAAUGUGCAAUUGUAUGUGUCAAGAUUGCGCAAGAAGCUAUUGAUACCGUACACAUUCGCGAAAAUUCGGAUUUGAAUGAGAUCUCCCCAUGGUGGUGCAAUGUAAUAUUCUUGUAUAAGUCUGCAACGGCAUUGAUCGCAGGAAGUCUUUGCCCUUCUAUCGUGGCUGAGAUAUCAGAAACUGCAAUUCAUGAAAGUUUCCACAAGGCCACUUUAAUUCUCAGACAAUACACUACUUUCAACCCGUCAAUCCUCCGUCUAGUCACUAUACUGGAUAUCCUAUUCCAGAUCGUGCCUCAAAAAUUCUCCCGUUUGAAGAACGCCUCUGAACGGAUUGAAGCCGAGGCCGGGCCACCUACUUCUGACGAAAAUUCUAGCGCGGCAACGUUUCAAUACUGGUGUCCCAUAAAACCAAUCCGUCAUGCCGCAUCUGCUCACCAAGAUGCUGUGCAUCCUAGCCCCGAAAAUAGUGGUUCAUCUCAGAUUCUCACGGAUUUGGAUCGGCUUUUUGACACGGACGACUUUAAAUGGCUCACUAAGAUGCCUUUUGAUACUUAA